UUGGACGUUGCAGCCGGAGAGGCGAUAGAUCUGGGUUGUUGGACUCUUACCGAGGAGUCGGUAAGGAGUUAUCUGGACGCCGUGGGGGACGACCUGACCCUGUAUCUGGAACUGGGAGUGGCGCCCCCUUUGGCCCUGUGUGCCUAUGCCUUGGGAGCGAUGCUGGAGAAGCUGUCUUUGCCGGUUGGCGCCAUCCACAGCAUCCAGGAAAUGGAGGCGGUGGGCGCGGCCAGCAUCGGACAGGAUAUCUACGGUGAAGCAGUACCGGAGCGGCCCCGCAAGAGAGGCGGGCUCCGGUUUAUGACUGUGGGUUAUACCCUGAGAGAUGACGCGGGGCAGGUGGUGCAGACGGGCAAGACCACGGUGCUGACGCCGGAGAGCGGGGACCAGGGCUAA